CUGGCUUCCAGUUUUGAGUCGGAAGAAACUUUGCCCGGGAAGCGUUGCUGCACCUCAAAGGUGCGUGGCGCAGCCACCAUGGGCAAGUUUCGGCUACUAGAUCUCGUGAAGCCGUGCAUGUGCGUCUUGCCGGAAGUGAGUACGCCAGAUCGAAGGAUCCCCUUCCGUGAGAAGAUCUUGUGGACGGGAAUUUCCCUCUUCGUUUUUCUGGUGUGCUGCCAGAUACCGCUAUAUGGGAUUUCUGCAAACAAGUCCACAGACCCAUUCUACUGGAUGCGGGUGAUCCUAGCUUCCAACCGUGGCACCUUGAUGGAGCUAGGCAUUUCUCCGAUUGUCACCUCAGGAAUGGUGAUGCAGCUGCUAGCCGGCUCCAAGCUACUGGAAGUGGACCAAUCAGUGAAGGAGGAUCGCAUGCUCUUCCAAGGUGCACAGAAGCUCUUUGGUAUGGUCAUCACUUUGGGCGAAGCUAUGGCAUAUGUGCUGAGCGGUAUGUACGGCCCAGUCAAGGACUUGGGGGCUGGAAAUGCUAUCCUCAUCAUCCUCCAACUGUUCUGCGCUGGAGUCAUUGUGUUGAUCUUGGAUGAGCUGCUGCAAAAAGGCUACGGUUUGGGAUCAGGCAUUUCGCUUUUCAUUGCCACCAACAUUUGUGAGACUAUUUGCUGGAAGGCGUUCAGCCCAACCACAAUGAACACAGGCAAAGGCCCUGAGUUUGAGGGUGCGGUGAUUGCUUUAUUCCAUUUACUGAUAUCAAGGAGUGACAAAUUCACUGCGUUGAAGGAAGCUUUCUAUCGGCAAACUGCACCAAACAUUACGUCUCUUUUCGCGACUGUCCUUGUCUUCUUCUUUGUCAUUUAUUUCCAAGGCUUCCGAGUGGACCUGGCAGUGAAGAACCAACGGGUUCGUGGUCAAAUGGGGUCCUAUCCCAUCAAGCUGUUCUACACCUCCAACAUUCCCAUCAUCCUGCAGACAGCGCUUGUGUCCAAUCUCUAUUUCUUCUCGCAGUUGCUUUACAAACGAUUCAAAGCGAACAUGAUUGUGAACAUGAUCGGUCAGUGGCAGGAGACUGAAAUCACAGGCCAAUCAAUUCCUGUGGGUGGCCUAGUGUACUACAUCUCUCCACCACAUUCUUUUGGAGAAGUUUGGGAUGAUCCGAUCCACGCUCUUUUCUAUGUGGUUUUCAUCUUGGUCUCAUGCGCACUGUUUUCGAAGGCCUGGAUCGACGUCUCGGGCUCCUCGGCGCGUGAUGUGGCAAGACAGCUCAGGGAGCAGCAGCUCAUGAUGCCAGGGUACCGAGAUUCGGACCUGCCAAAGGUGCUCAAUCGCUAUAUUCCGACAGCGGCAGCCUUCGGUGGUGCAUGCAUCGGUGCGCUGACCAUCGUGGCGGAUUUCCUUGGUGCUAUUGGCAGUGGAACAGGUAUCCUCUUGGCGGUAACCAUCAUCUAUGAAUACUUCGAGAAAAUUUGCAAGGAGGAAGGCCAGGGAGCAGCGUUCAUGUUCUGAGCGUGAGACCCAAGUGCAGGUGGACAUCGCGAACUUUGGCCAAAUGGAAGAGUGAAGCGAAGCUCGACGCGGAGCUCGAAGAGUUUUUGGAGAAACCGUG